AUGUCACCUUCCGCAACUGCAACCAUUGCAAAAACAAAUAUAGCCACAAGUUUAAGUUCCCAUUUGGAGAUUUUAGAACGUCCCAAUACCGAAGCGAAAGAUGGCGUGAUUGCAGCGAAAGGAUUAAUUGGACAAGCUUUGAGCCAACGAGUCAAUUCUAUUGAUUUUAACACCUGUGAAGCAGGUGAUGAAGACACCUUCUUUGUGGCCGAUCUUGGUGAGGUCUACCGUCAACACAUAAGAUGGAAGGUAAAUCUUCCGAGGGUCCGACCAUUCUAUGCGGUCAAGUGUAACCCCGACCCUAAAGUCAUACGCCUAUUAGCGGACCUCGGAACUGGUUUUGACUGCGCUUCGAAAGCUGAGAUUGAACAGGUGCUUAAAAUAAAUGUCGAACCGUCUCGCAUUAUUUACGCUCAGCCAUGCAAAACUAAUUCGUAUGUUCGUUACGCGUGUAGUAAAGGUGUCAAACAGAUGACUUUUGAUAAUACCGACGAGCUCUACAAAGUCCAAAAACUCUUUCCUGAAGCCGAACUCAUACUACGCAUUUCCACCGACGACUCGUCUAGCUUGUGUCGUUUGAGCCUAAAGUUUGGGGCUGAAAUGGAUAUGACUGAAGAACUUUUAGAUCUUGCUAGGAAAUUGGGUCUCAGGGUCGUGGGUGUAAGCUUCCAUGUCGGAUCUGGUGCUUCUGAUCCUCUUGUUUUCAGAAAAGCAGUUCAAGACGCUCACAUAGUCUUCUGCCAGGCAGCGGCACGUGGUUUCCAUCUUCAUACGCUUGAUAUUGGAGGUGGGUUUACUUCAGAAACUUUUGAAGCCAUGGCAGCAACGCUGAAUAAAGCUCUCGAUGAGCUUAUCCCGCCACACAUAAAUAUAAUUGCAGAGCCAGGUCGUUAUUAUGUCGCUACCGCCUUUACCUUAGCCUCUCAUGUCAUAGCCCGUCGCACUAUCAAUGACCCCAUCACCUUAUCAAAGAGUUUUAUGCUCUAUCUCAAUGAUGGUCUUUACGGCAACUUUUCUAGUAUCAUGUUUGACCAUCAGAAUCCCGAAGCUAUGGUCCUUCGGGCCGGCAACUGGACCUGUUAUGAUGAUAUUUGUGCCCAGAAGUCUCAGAGCGGAACAGAAUACUCCAUCUGGGGACCAACCUGUGACGGCAUUGAUCGUAUCUGCGCAAGUAUUCGGUUCGAUCACAUCCUGGACGUUGGUGAUUGGCUCUACUUUGAGAAUAUGGGUGCCUACACAAAGUGUUCUGCUACACGAUUCAAUGGGUUUACACACACACACGAUGUCAUCUACGUCGUAAGCGAGCCAGGGGCUCGUGCUCUAUUGGGAACGGAUUGA